CAGUCCGCUGAUUGGAUCCCGACCCAAAGCGCCACAGUCUGGGCCUGCAACCAGUUGAGGAACAAGCAAACACCCGUCUGACAGCCAAGUCGGAUGGUCGAGUAAAGAUGCUGCAGAUAAAAGAAGGCAGCUGCUCACCUCAUCCCUGUUCGACUCGUCCAUCAUCAGCCAUUCACUCCUGAAGACAGAUCGUUCACAGUCAGAUCUUUCUGACUACUUUCCUCUCACAUUCGUUGCUUCUAUCUCUUAGAUAGUAAUUCGACAGCAAUGGCCGCCGCCGCUCCUCACAGAACCGCAGGUGGAAACGCUGCUUUCCACAACUUCCACAAUGACUUCGCUCACAUCGAGGACCCCAACGAGCGCCGCAGACUCGCUCUUGCAGAGAUCGACAAGGCUCCCUUCGGCUGGUACCACGUCCGCGCCGUCAUCGUCGCCGGUAUUGGUUUCUUCACUGAUGCAUACGACAUCUUCGCCAUUGGUCUCGUUACCAACAUGUUGGGUGUCGUGUACUGGCAAGACGCCCCCGGCAAGCUCGCCGGUAAGAUUCCCCAGAACUCCGAUACUGCCAUCAAGGUCGCUACCUCUGGUGGUACCGUCAUUGGUCAGGUCGGUUUCGGUUGGCUCGCCGAUGUUGUCGGUCGUAAGAAGAUGUACGGUCUUGAACUCAUGAUCAUCAUCUUCGCAACUCUCGCUCAAGCUCUUUCUUCUGACUCUCCCGCCAUCUCGAUCGUCGGUAUCAUCAUCUUCUGGCGUGUCCUCAUGGGUAUCGGUAUCGGUGGUGACUACCCUCUCUCUUCUAUCAUUACCUCUGAAUUCGCUACCACAAAGUGGCGCGGUGCCAUGAUGGGUUCCGUCUUCGCCAUGCAAGGUAUCGGCCAGUUUGCUGCUGGUAUCAUCGCCCUCAUCGUCACUGUCGGUUUCAAGGAGUCCCUCCAAUCUGGAAAGAACGCCGCCGCUUGUGAUGGCGUUUGCCAGCUUGCUGUCGACAAAAUGUGGCGUGUCAUCAUCGGUUUCGGUGCCGUUCCUGGAUGUAUUGCUCUCUACUACCGUCUUACCAUUCCCGAGACUCCUCGUUACACUUUCGAUGUUUCCCGCGACAUUGUCAAGGCCGAUUCUGAUGCUAAGGCUUACCUCAACGGCAAGGCACACGGCAACCCCGAUGAGAUCACCCACGUCCAGACUCGCGAGGCCACUGCUGGUCAGCUAGAGAUCCCCAAGGCUUCAUGGGCUGACUUCUGCCGCCACUACGGUCAGUGGAAGAACGCUAAGGUUCUCAUCGGUACUGCUGGCUCAUGGUUCUUCCUCGAUGUCGCUUUCUACGGUGUCUCGCUCAACAACACAGUUAUCCUGACUGCUAUCGGCUACACCGGUGGUAACAACAUGUACGAGAUCUUCCACAAGAACGCUAUCGGUAACUUGAUCAUCGUCUGCGCUGGUGCCAUUCCCGGAUACUGGGUCACUGUCGCCCUUGUCGACACCGUCGGUCGCAAGCCUAUUCAGCUUAUGGGUUUCACCCUUCUUACCAUCUUCUUCUGCAUCUUCGGUUUCGGCUACAACGUCAUCGGCACUGGUGGCAAGCUUGGUCUCUACAUUCUCUGCCAGUUCUUCUUCAACUUCGGACCCAACGCUACUACCUUCAUCGUUCCUGGAGAGUGCUUCCCUACUCGUUACCGUUCCACUUCCCACGGUCUUUCUGCCGCCUCCGGUAAGAUCGGUGCCAUCAUCGCUCAGGUCGUUAUCGGUCCUCUCCGUGUCCGUGGCGCCACGGUCCCCGGCACUUCUCCAUGGCUCAACCACGUCCUCGAGAUCUUCGCCCUGUUCAUGUUCUGCGGUAUCUUCACCACCCUUCUCAUCCCCGAGACCAAGCGCAAGACCCUCGAGCAGCUUGCUGGUGAGGUUCCUGGUACUCCCGAGUACGACGAGAACACCCACGGCGCCGCUCAGAACAAGACCUCCGAGGACUACUCUGAGACCAACCACGCCGAGAAGUCUGCUGUCUAAGCCAAGAUUUGCUGAUGUUACUUUUCCGAUAAAAAUGUUCAUGGUGUAAAUAAACAGGACGCCCAAGCGCUGGGUUGAUGUUCUAUUCUUUCUUACUUUUCGUACAUAACGAUGUGGUUUCUUGGUUGUAGCCUCUUUUGAUACUUAAUGUUAUAACAACCUUCACUUUGCAAAUUACCUUUUCACUCAUGUUGUGC